AUGCCAGAGAAUAAUGUCGACAAGCUCAUCGAGCGAGCAGAGACGGAUGCCAGCCGGGACCGUUUCGGGGCCUCAGCCUCAGCCACGGACGCCGAGAAAGAAGAAAGGCAUGAGCCAGUUGCGCGAACAUUUACAGCAUCGAGCGCCUCGACAUCAUCGUCAGAAGCAUCAGAUGUCGAACGCGAUGCCGCCAUGUCCCGUGUCCCUACACAACGUGACACUGGCACAGAGCUUGAGCGCCAUGAGACGGCACUGAGCCGAAUCCACACCCAGCGCUCACAGCACUCUGGAACUGUAGGUGCCAGCUUACGAAGUAGAACGAGUAGGAAGCCGUUGCCAGCCUUUGGAGCCGGCAAGCCAUAUCCACCACAGCUGCCGGACCGCGACGCCUACGUGGUAGAAUUCGAUGGACACGACGAUCCUCUCCAUGCGCAGAACUGGCCGUUGAAGAAGAAGCUUGCUACUGCUGCUAUGCUUGGCUUUACUACGCUUACGGCGGCUUUUGGUUCGAGCAUUAUCUCAAGUGCUACUGGAGCGAUAGCGCAGAUCUACGGAGUGGGCUCAGUUGUUGCAACACUGGCGACUUCACUCUACGUACUUGGCUUUGCCACUGGACCCAUCCUAUGGGCGCCGUUUUCGGAGUUGAAGGGCCGCCGACUUCCGCUUGUUAUUGCCUCCUUCGGGUUCUCCAUCUUCAAUAUUUCUGUUGCAGUCUCAAAGGAUCUACAGACACUCCUCAUUUGCCGAUUCUUUGCUGGUUUUUUUGGAGCAUGUCCGCUUACCUGUGUUGCCGCCGUCUUCUCCGACAUGUUCGACAACCGCACACGUGGAAUGGCCAUCACCCAAUUCCUCUCUGACUUGUUCCUGCCUCAGAUCCUCAUCUCAAAAGCCUUUCAGUUUCGCCGCCAGACUAGCAAUUGGAACAGCCGCGCCGAGCAAGAGAUAGAUUCCGAACAGGUCGUCGAAAAGAACAUUUUCAUUCCAUUCAAGAUGCUGGCCGCCGAGCGCAAUGCGCUACACUAUGAGCGCUCGACAGCCAGAAAAUGGCAACUUGGUGUUUGUGUUACAACCCUGGGUGUUGGAAGCCUUCCGUUCUUUAGCAUGGUUGCAGGCCAGCUUCUUGCUGGUACAUGGAUCUUUUUGCGCCAGCCAAUAUACCACAAGAAGCUUGCCGCGAACAACAACAUACUCAUUCCCGAGUGGCGUCUGCCAGAAGUCAUUUUCGAGGUCCCCACUGUCUCUGGCAGCCUCACCAGCUUUGGUCCCUUGGCCGUCUGGCUGCAAGCGCUCAACUACCUGGUCGAUGCGUGUCCGAUGUUCGCUGCCUCAGCCAUUACCGCCUACAGUUUCCUGUGCAGUUUGUGCGGCGCUGCACUCCCACUCUGCGUGCGCCAGAUAUGGUGUUCUGUGGACUUCAGACUGGGUUGUCUACCUUCAGUUCUUCGAGAAGGACUCUGA